AGAGACUCUGACAGUCGAGAGCCAGAGACCAAGAGAGAAGCACGAUGUCUGAAUUCAGAAGGAUCAUGAUGUCUUCAUUCCUGAUGCUGCUGCUCCACUUUCCAGCAGCAAAUGGGGAAUAUUCCUUCUUGACUGUCAGAGUUGGAGAUGAAGUCACUUUGCCUUGUGACAAUGUGAUAGAUGAUCAGGAUAAGUGUGACAGUACUACCUGGCUCUUCUAUUAUGCACCAAACACACCAGCAGUGACGCUGUUUGAAGGCGGGCAGAUUCACAACGAUGCCAAAGGUAAAUCAGACAGACUGAGAGUAACAGAGAAUUGUUCUCUGGUUAUAAAGAAGGUCACAGAGGAGGAUGCUGGUCUUUACUUCUGCAGACAGUUCAGAUCAGGACGACAAGGUUCAGACUCUCUGGUUUAUCUGUCUGUUGUUACCAUGACUGAGCAUCAGGACACUGAUGAGGUGACGUUGCGCUGCUCUGUGUUGUCAAAUGGAUGGUGUAUACACACAGUAGAGUGGCUGUAUGGGGAUCAAAAUGUGGUUAAAGAUAACAGAGACAUUCAGACAUCAGACUGCUCAGCUGCCGUUACAUUUUCUAGCUCUUUAAAGGAGAAGCCAAUCUAUCGUGGGUUGUUUAAAUGUCAGGUGAUGAACACUAACUAUGAAGGAAAAAAACAGCUGUUCACCUUCAGCCCCCCUCAGCCCCCAGGUAAUGAUGAAAUGACAACUACAUCAGAACAAGACGGGAAACAUCCAGGUUGGUGGUGUCGGAUCAUCGUUGUGACUGUGGGUGUUGCAGCACUCACAAUAAUCACUGUGGCUGUCAUCAGACGGAAGAGGACUCAAGGGAAUGAAACCCAGACCGAUGACAACGUGGCUGACCCUGAAGAUGGUGCUUCCUACGCCUCCAUCAGCUACACCAGGAAGAGCAGCAGGAAAGCCAGGGCUCAUGAUGAUGAUGAUGAAGAUGGUGAAGUGACCUACACUGUGAGAGCUCCCUCCUCUUCCUCUGCUGCCUCCACUGAUCCCAGCCUCCUCUUUGCCACCAUCAACAAACCAAAAAAAUAAUACAGUUUAAUGCUGUAUUUUAAACUAUGGCACAAUUGUUAUAACCAUAUUACAAAGUCAAAGCGAGCAGAGUUAUAAUGAGAUUUAUAUUGACCAGGUUUUUGCUUUGUUUGGCUUAAUUGCAUCAAAGUGAGAGUACAGCAAAACAUGUGAGUCCCUCUAGAGGUGGAUCGUGAGACAGGGGCAGACAUGUUGGAGAUUUACUGUAUUCUAAAUACUUACAGUGUGGGCAUAAUGAAGGUUUUGUAAAGUGGAUUCUGGCUUUUUUAUUACAGUCUUUUCUUUCAUAUAAUUCA